AUGGCCCAACAAGUCCACGGCAUGGGCACCCCCGAAUUCCCCUGCACAGUCGCCCACUGCAACCGCGUGGGCGACAAAGGCUUCACCCGCCGCGACCACCUCGUCGAACACCUGCGCAACUUCCACCACAUGGACAUUCCCAAGCGCCGCCCCGGGGAGCGUAGCGCCUUCCCCUUUGGCUGGCCCGAGGGCUUCCAGAACCAGUGA